UUCCGUUUGGUAAAAGUUAUAUCUUGAGAAGUCUCAUUUUACUGAGGUAAUCCUAUUCUUAACUCCUUAGAGAACUCAUUACAAAAAUAUUGGAUAAGUUCAGUUUCAUUUCCUUUUCGAUCAACUAUGAUGCCACAUCGAAUGUACUGCACCUCUUUCAUCGUUUUUACAUUCUGCAUGACAACUUCCGGAAGGAAGCAUAACUUUGAAUUCACUGCCAUUGGUGAGAAAGAUUAUCAGUACUGCCCCUCCGCCCUGGAAGUUGAAAACACCAAAACAGAGGAAUUCCUAGAUAUAGAAUAUCUAGAUGGCUUGUGCAAGAAUGUGGUAAGUGUUGCUAGAAUGAAAGUAUCUGGUAAUUUCCAUGGCGUAGCAGAGGCACUUUUCAAUAAGCUACCAAGACUCGAAGAUUUUCAAGGAAAUGACAUGGAGAACUUGACAGAUAUUACUAUUGGUACAUGGAAUCUGAAGAGCUUGGAUUUCUCCAGGAACAACUUGGAGAAAGUAACUAUAGAAUUCAUGGAUGAACUCAUGAACCUAAAUCUGUCUCAUAACCUUCUGACCGAUGACAGCAUAAUGAUGACCAGUAUGAGACCUCCCCUAUCUUUAAAAAUGAGAGUUUUAGAUCUUUCUUACAAUAAACUUACCAAGCUAGACACAUUGUAUCCCUUCUGGAAUCUCAAGAAGUUCAUUUUGAAUGACAAUCAGAUCACUAGCAUCAAACCAGGAAUACUGCAGAGAUAUCCUAACUUGGUAACACUGAACUUGGCCAGAAACAAAAUCCUGAAUCUUCCCAACGGUAUGUUUACGGGACUUAUACACUUGGUGAACUUGGAUUUGAGCUAUAACCAGUUGACUAAUGCCAAUAUAAAAAUCAUCAAUUCCUUGCGAAGUUUAGAGUUCCUAGACAUGAUUGGUAAUGACAUUACCGUUUUUGACUACGAUGAUUUGGAUCACCAUUUGGAGAUAUUGAGAAUCAACGAAUACCACACUUAUAUUCAUGGUAAACGUGUAAAUAUAAAGAAUAAGGAAAAUAAAAUCAUCACCACAACUACAGAAAUCAGCAGUUCAAUGUUUACUUAUCUGAAAUAAUUUUCCAUAAUUAUUUUUUUGAAUGGUUAUUGUUGUGAAUAGUUAUAUUGCUAUAUUUUUUCAUACAAUAAAGACUUUUAUUAUUUACCUA